AUGGCAGCGCAAAAUGCAAUCGCAAACCAGUUUCAACCCCUCUUCCAGGAACUGGAAACCGAUCGUUCCCUCUCGGAUUGUAUCCGCGAAAAGAGCAAGGAAUUAGACCAAACCUAUCGUUCGCUCUCAUCCCUGCUCAACUCUAUCCACUCUACCAAAGGGUCUGAGUUUGACUCGCUUAUCCAAUCUUCGCUCCCGCUUAUCUCGCGGUGCAGAUCACAAAUCCGCGAUCUAGCCGAGUUGGUUCCUCAAGGCGGAUACUAUCGCUGGUGCGAUGACUUUUCCUUUUCUUUGCGAAACGUUGCUUCUUGCCUCAUCCUCAUCCAUCUUUUGGCUACGGGAAGCUUGCUUACAAAACAUCAAGCAGCUAUCAUCCUUGGUCUAAGCGAAGCGCACGUCGAUUCGAGUAAGCUCAUGCUUUCCACAGAGGACUAUUUGCACGCAACGAUCAAUGCCAUCAACGAACUUGCUCGGCUCGCAGUCAACUCUGUCACCCUGGCCGACUUCAGAACGCCUUUGAGGCUAGCAUCCUUCGUCAAGGAGGUUCAUGCCGCAUUCCAGCUGUUGAAUCUAAAGAAUGAUAGUCUCAGGAAACGCUUUGAUGGGCUCAAGUACGAUGUGAAAAAAAUUGAAGAGGUAGUAUACGAUAUUUCCUUACGAGGCCUCAUCCCACCGGGCCAGGAUAUGGGUGGACAAGGUUUGGCUUUUGCACUUUCUCAUACCGAACGCGCUGCCUUGGUGGACAGACUCGCUUCUGAUCCAGCAGUGCCUGCCAGAGGUGAUGCUAUGCAGGCCUAA